UGACGGAUGCGAUCAUGGGAGAGGUAGCAGGGGAUAGUUUAUUUACAUCGGAAGAGGCUCUGUAAGUUUAGAGGGAAGCCGAUGCGUGUGUCUCCCUCUACUUUCACGGACCCCCUCCUCCUCCGCUGGCAGAAAUUUAUAAAGAACAAAAAAUCUGACGAGGGAGGGAGGGGGUUGAUAUACGCCGAGGCUGAAAUCGAGAGGCGAACCCAGGGAAAGAGGAGUAAUUCGUACCCGUGACUUUCCCCCUCUUAGUCCCCCAAAAGGAGGGGGAAAAGUCGCAAUAUUGGAAACGGAAAGGAAUGAGGUUCUAAAGGUGUGAAAACGACUGCAAUUGUGGAUACUUUAUAUAUUUUUAUUUCGAAAAAAUAUGGCCGAGAACGUUCUGGACUCUGGCCCGCCUUCAGCCAAGAGGCCUAAACUCUCCUCUCCGGCACUUUCCGCGUCCGCCAGCGAUGGAAACGAUUUUGGAUCUCUGUUUGAAUUGGAGCACGACCUCCCAGAUGAGCUCAUCAGCUCCAAUGAACCAGGUCUGGUCAAUGGCGGGGACCCUAACCAGCUGCACACCACUCUAGGAGGAGGACCUGCAUUGUUGGGUCCUGGAGGCGGUGGUGGAGGGGCAGGAGGAUUGGGUCUUGGGCUUGGCCAUGGUCCUGGGGGAGUUGGUGGAGGGCAGGAUGCAGUGGCCAAGCAUAAACAGCUGUCAGAACUUUUGCGUGCAGGGGCAACACCCUCAACUCAGCCGGGGCACCAAGGAGCCAUGGGUAGCCCAGGAGGCCCUGCUGCCAUGGGGCAGCACUUAGCGAACAUGAAGGCGUCCCCUGGUCAGGGGCCUCAGCAGAUGAUGGGCCAGGGACAACACCUUUCCCCUCAGCAGCAGGCCAACAUGAUGCAGCAGCAGAGUGCUGCAGGUGGAAUGAUCAGGACCAUGAUGGGAGCACAGCAGAAAGGCAGUAAUGGACAACAGCAGCCAGGCAUGAUUGGGAACCAGGUGAUGAAUGGCUCUCCAAGGAUGGGCUUCGGCAAUCAGGGGAUGGCUGGUGGCAGCAACCUUUUGGCUGAGACCCUACAGCAGCCGGGAGCUGGGGGCCAGGCUGGGAUAAGAGGCCAGCAGCCUGGAGCAAUGAACAAGAUGGGGAUGAUGGGGAAUCCAGGCGGGCCCUUUGGAGGCCCAUAUGGAAGUCAAGGGAAUCAAGGUCUGGGAGGCACAGGGCUGGGCCCUCAGCUCCAGAACAAAGGUCCUAUGGCUAAUAGCAUGGCCCAGUUCAAUGUGGACAAGAAGAACCAGCCCAUGCAAGGGAUGAGCGCCAUGGGCACACAGCAGUCACAGACGGGUGUGGGUGGUCCCACAGGUGCACCCGUGGGUGGAGCCCCCGGGAUGGUGCCAGGCGCUCAAGCAGGUCUGGUGGGUCCUGGUACCCAGGUUUCUGCAGCAUCCGCUGCAGCUGGAGCACCGCCCACAGCCGACCCUGAAAAGCGCAAGCUAAUCCAGCAGCAACUGGUACUCCUGCUACAUGCACACAAGUGCCAGCGGCGGGAGCAGGCCAAUGGUGAAGUCUGGCAGUGCAACCUGCCCCACUGCCGCACUAUGAAGAAUGUCCUCAACCAUAUGACUCACUGCCAGGCUGGCAAGUCCUGUCAGGUUGCUCACUGUGCAUCAUCGAGGCAGAUCAUCUCCCACUGGAAGAAUUGCACACGACAUGACUGUCCUGUCUGCCUGCCGCUGAAGAAUGCUGGGGACAAGAGGAACACGCAGUGUGAGUCUCUGCUUGCAGGGGCCGCUACAGGACUAGGCAGCUCACUUGGUACAGUCCCUGGUAGCCAACCAAGUGCUCCCAACCUCAAUCAGCCGAGCCAGAUUGAUCCCAGCUCUAUAGAAAGGGCCUAUGCUGCUCUGGGCCUCACCUACCAAGGGAACCAAAUCCAGGCUCAGACUUCCCAGCCUAACAUGCCCAACCAAGGCCUGCAAGGGCAGGCUGGCGUGAGGCCUCUGAACCCACUGGGUGUGAAUCCUAUGGGAGUGAAUGGAGGUGUGGGUGCUUCCCCUCAGAGCCAGCAAGCCAGUCUACUGCAAGAUACAAUGAUGCAUCUUAAUAUGAACAACCAGGGGCUGACUGAUGCUGGUGGGGUCGGUUCCAUGCCUACAGCAGCCCCUCCCUCCGCCACAGGCAUGAGGAAAAACUGGCAUGAGGACAUCACACAGGAUCUACGAAAUCAUUUGGUACACAAGCUCGUCCAGGCCAUCUUUCCGACUCCAGAUCCCGCUGCCCUCAAGGACCGUCGAAUGGAGAACCUGGUGGCGUAUGCCCGAAAAGUUGAGGGUGACAUGUAUGAAUCGGCUAACAGCAGAGCUGAGUAUUAUCAUUUGCUGGCAGAGAAGAUCUACAAGAUCCAGAAGGAAUUGGAAGAGAAGAGGAGGACCCGACUGCAGAAGCAAGGUGUGAAUAUUGGAUCUGCUGGCAUGGGUCAGCCCCUUACUGGGCUGCCUCCAAACGGUCCCCUAACUGACCCGGCAAUGGUGCGACCAGCUGGACCAAAUCAGAUGAACAGAAUGCAAAGCCCAGGUAUGAAUCAGUUUAACCAAAUGGGAAUACAGUCUAUGGGCCAGAGGUCAACACCUCCUUUACCCUUGGGAGCAUCUGGCAACCAGAUGGGAAUGGUUGGGCCCAGGGUGGGGCAGCCCAAUGUUAACCAGCUGCCGGCCCCGUAUAUGUCCCAGGGACAGUUUCCUGGCUCAGGACCUGGAGUUGGAGCAGUUCAGUCUGGGAUGACACCACCUGGGGGACCGGGAGGUAUGGUGCAGACGCAGAUGGGCACUCCUCCCCCCCUCUCAGUUGCGAGUCCUCUAGCACAGCUGGGUUCAGCUGGCACUCCCAGUGGGGUCCCUGCAGUAGGGCCAAUGGGUCCUCAAAGCGUGGGUGGUGGAGGUCCCAAUUCAGCUGUCGGAGCCCCUGCCUCAUCAAUGACUCCAUCUAACACAAACCAGCAACCCAACUCCAACCCUCAUUUGGGGGCCAUGCGUGGCAGCUCACCCUCUCCUGCUCACAGCCGAUCACCUACUCCCCACCAGACGCCCCCCAGGGUUGCUGGGUCACAGACGCCACAACCACACACCCCUAAUGCAUCACAUUUGGUGCCACCCCCAACUCCUCAGCAGAACCAGCUUGGUCAGGGUCCUGGCUCCAACAAGCCCCUCCAGCAGCAACACAUGGGCCCUGCUGGUUCAACCACUCCAUCUCAUCCUGGAAUGGCCUCCAGUUCAACACCGCAUGGCAGUCAGCUGCCACGCACUCCGUUGUCCCAGAAAGGUUCGUUCCCAGCUGAUAGUCAGGCCCCGACUCCAGCUUCUGUCAGCAGUUUAGACACCUCGUCCCAGCAACCGGCAUCGGACACUUCGGCCAAUAAUGUUGACAUGAAGAUGGAGGUCAAACAUCAGGAUGAGGAGGAUGAGAGCGACGCCGGGAGCUGCUCCAAAGGAGGGAAACUCGGCAACCUCAAAAUGGAGGAGAAACCUGUAAAAUCCGAACUGAAAAAAGAAGAGUGUUCUGGAGAAGGCGGUAAAGGAGUUCCUAUGGAAAUGUCGACUACAACACAGGUGUCAGGAGUAAAGACGGAAGACAGGAAACCGGAGAUAAAGAAAGAGGUGAAGAAAGAGGUGAAAGAUGAAGAGGAGACCUCGGAGGCAGUUGUAUCACAGGCCCCAGUGAAAAAGAAGAUCUUCAAGCCAGAGGAGCUUCGUCAGGCCCUGAUGCCCACGCUUGAAUCUCUCUACAGACAAGAUCCAGAGUCUCUGCCCUUCAGAAUGCCUGUUGAUCCACAGCUGCUCUGCAUACCUGAUUACUUUGACAUUGUGAAGAACCCAAUGGACUUAUCAACCAUCAAGCGAAAGCUAGACACAGGUCAGUACCAGGAGCCCUGGCAGUACGUGGAAGACAUCUGGCUGAUGUUCAACAAUGCCUGGCUGUACAAUCGCAAAACCUCACGAGUCUACAAGUACUGCUCCAAGCUGGCCGAGGUUUUCGAACAGGAGAUCGACCCCGUGAUGCAGAGUCUUGGCUACUGUUGUGGGAGGAAGCUGGAGUUCUCUCCUCAGACGUUGUGCUGCUACGGAAAGCAGCUGUGCACUAUCCCCCGAGACGCUGCAUACUUCAGCUACCAGAACAGUUCACCAAAAUUUGGGCUUCUUGCUAACAGGUACCACUACUGCGAAAAGUGUUUCAACGAGAUCCAGGGAGAGACCGUUUCCCUGGGUGACGACCCCACCCAGCCACAGACAUCAAUAAACAAGGAUCAGUUUGAGAAGAAGAAGAAUGACACACUGGACCCUGAGCUGUUUGUUGAAUGUAUGGAUUGUGGUCGCAAGAUGCAUCAGAUCUGCGUCUUGCACAAUGAAACGAUCUGGCCAGAAGGUUUUGUAUGUGAUGGCUGCUUAAAGAAGUCGAAUAAGACGAGGAAGGAAAACAAGUAUUCUGCCAAAAGGUUGCCCCAAACUAAGCUUGGGGUUUUUCUGGAGCAAAGGGUGAACGACUUCUUAAAGCGACAGGCCAACCCAGAGUCUGGAGAGGUCUUCAUUCGUGUUGUUCAUGUCUCUGAUAAAGUCGUGGAGGUCAAACCAGGCAUGAAGUCCAGAUUUGUGGACAGCGGCGAAAUGUCCGAGUCAUUCCCAUACAGGACUAAAGCCCUUUUUGCAUUCGAGGACAUUGAUGGAGCAGACGUCUGUUUCUUUGGUAUGCAUGUUCAGGAGUAUGGAUCUGACUGCCCUCAGCCCAACCAGAGGCGAGUGUACAUCUCCUACCUGGAUAGCGUACACUUCUUUCGGCCGCGCUCUCUAAGAACAGCAGUUUACCAUGAAAUACUCAUUGGCUACUUGGAGUACGUGAAGAAGUUGGGCUACACCACCGGCCACAUCUGGGCAUGCCCACCUAGCGAAGGCGACGACUACAUCUUCCACUGUCACCCUGCAGAUCAGAAGAUCCCAAAGCCCAAACGCCUUCAGGAGUGGUACAAGAAAAUGCUGGAUAAAGCUGUGGCAGAACGGAUAGUGCAUGACUAUAAGGAUAUAUUCAAGCAGGCGACAGAGGAUCGUUUGACCAGUGCCAAGGAAUUGCCUUACUUUGAGGGGGACUUUUGGCCUAAUGUGCUGGAGGAGAGCAUCAAGGAGCUGGAGCAGGAGGAGGAGGAGAGGAAAAGGGAGGAGAACAGCACUUCCAAUGAGAGUGUUGAUGACACAAAAGGAGACAGCAAAAAUGCAAAGAAGAAGAACAACAAAAAGACUAGUAAGAACAAGAGCAGCCUGAGCCGAGCCAAUAAGAAGAAGCCUGGGAUGCCUAAUGUCUCCAAUGACCUAUCACAGAAACUCUAUGCCACUAUGGAAAAACACAAAGAGGUGUUCUUUGUGAUUCGGCUGAUUGCAGGCCCAAUGGCAAAUGCCUUGCCCCCUAUUGCUGACCCAGAUCCCCUGAUGGCAUGUGACCUCAUGGAUGGUCGUGAUGCUUUCCUGACACUGGCCCGAGACAAGCACCUUGAAUUCAGCUCGCUGAGGAGGUCCAUGUGGAGCUCAAUGUGCAUGUUGGUGGAGUUGCACAACCAAAGCCAGGACCGCUUCGUUUACACGUGCAAUGAGUGCAAACACCACGUGGAGACUCGCUUCCACUGUACUGUUUGUGAGGAUUACGACCUCUGCAUCACAUGCUACAACACUAAGGGACAUGAGCACAAGAUGGAGAAGUUAGGCCUCGGCUUGGAUGAUGAGAGCAGCAAUCAGUCUGCCGCUGCCACUCAGAGUCCCGGAGAUUCCCGUCGCCUCAGCAUCCAGCGCUGUAUCCAGUCGCUCGUCCACGCAUGCCAGUGCCGAAAUGCCAAUUGCUCUCUGCCGUCCUGCCAGAAGAUGAAACGUGUCGUUCAGCACACAAAAGGAUGCAAGAGAAAAACCAACGGUGGCUGCCCCAUCUGCAAGCAGCUUAUCGCAUUGUGUUGUUAUCAUGCUAAGCACUGUCAGGAAAACAAGUGCCCAGUCCCAUUCUGUCUAAAUAUCAAGCACAAGCUUCGCCAGCAGCAGCUGCAGCACAGGCUUCAGCAAGCUCAGAUGCUGAGAAGGAGAAUGGCCAGCAUGCAGAGAGUGGGCCAGCCCGCUGCAGGAGGAGCACCUGGGGGAAAUGGACAACCCUCUCCUGGAGCCAACAAUGGAGCUACUGGUCCUGGUACCCCUACAUCGGGAACGCAGCCCCCUACCCCACAGACACCUACCCAGGGUAACAUGUCUGCACCUUCUCAGCAGCAGGGGGUUGGGAUGGGUGGUAUGGGAACUCCAGGUGAGCAACAGCAAGGUGGUGGCAUUCCCCCUCAACACCAUCUCCACCAGUUUCCAUCAGCAGGUGGAGGGGGGAUGAUGAAUUCUCCUCAGCAGCAGAUGGUACCUCAGCUUCAGCAGCAGCCACCAAAUCUCCAGCAGCUCCAGCAGCAGCAGCAGCAGCAUCCUGGUAGUUUGCCUCCAUACAACCCCAGACCAGCUGGAGUCCCUCCUCUUCACCAACCCCUUGGGAAACCUGGAAUGGGUCCAGCAACCCCUCCUCUGCAACAACCACCACCCAACCAAGGCCAGGGGUCCAUGGGUGUCCAAGGCCAGCAGCAAGGGCCACCCCUGGCUGCUGUAGAGACGGCACUAAAAAUCCAGCGCCUGGCAGAGACCCAGAGACAGAUGGCUCACGCCCAAGCACACAUGCGUGGCUUGGGACAGGGGGGCAUGAUACCUCCACAUCCUCACCAUCAGAACAACCAGGCCCAGAUGAGAAUGCCCCACAUUGGGGCUCAGGGAGUUGAUGGAAGGACUAUGUUAGAUCCACAGCAACCAGGAACGCUAACAGGGAUGCAACAGGGUGGUCCUUCGUCACAAUUGCCGCCUCAAGUUCAGCAGCAGGUCCAGCCAGGUGGACAGCUUCAGCCAACAAACCAGCAGUGGGGUGCUGGGGGACCAACCAUGAACCAACAACAACGGCCAAACAUGAUGGGUCAUAUGACACCACAGCCAGCGGUUCCCCAACCACAGCAACAAAUGCUGAAUCAGCAGCAGCCUCAACCAGGAAACCGAGGGUUGAUGCAGGCAAUUGGAGGAGCAGGGGGGGUACCUGCUUCAUUAGCAGCUGGAUCGGGGAACUUGCCCCAGGCUGCACUACAAGAUCUCCUGCGAGCGCUACGCUCCCCAAGCUCAAUCUCGCAACAGCAGCAAGUCCUCAACAUCCUUCGUUCCAACCCAACGCUCAUGGCUGCUUUUAUUCGGCAGAGAGCAGCCAGGUAUCAAGGUGCUCAGGGUGGCCCUGGAGGAGCAGGCGGGCCUCCACAAGGAGGUCCUGGAGGUGUGCGUUUCCAAGGAGCUGCUGGAGGUCUGCCUGGUGUAGGAGCGCCUGGAGCCAACCAGCUUGCCAAUAUGGAUGGACAACAGCAGGUUAAUGUGAACCAGGCAGGCCAGCCAGGGAUGAACAUAACUCAGGGUGGAGCAGGGGGAGGAAAUAUGCCCACCAUGGCUCAGCUUCAGCAGUUACAGCAGCGCCCGAUGUUGCCAGGAAACUUACAGCAACAACAGCAAAUGGCCACUUUGCUGCAGCAGCAGCAGCAGCAGCAGCAGCAACAACAGCAGCAACAACAGGGAGGAAUGCAACCAGGUCAGCAAGGGAACAUGGCCAAUAUGACACCACAGUUCAGAGAGAUGUUUUUGAGAAGACUGCAGCAACAGCAACAAAUGGGGAACCACGGCCAGUUCCAGCAGCCUCAAGGACUCCAGCAGCAGCAACAAGGCCAGCAAAGCUUCAUGCAGCCUGGCCAGGGACAGCCAGGGAUAACCCCAUCUUCUCAACCCCAACCUGGGGGUGGUGUAGGGGUUCCCCAGCAGCAAGGAGGACCACCAGGUGGGCCAGGACAGCUAGGCCAGCAAGGCUACCAGAUGUCACAAGUAGCUGCAGUGCUCCAGCACAGGGUGAUGCAGCAGCAGCAGCAGCAGCAGCAAAAUCAAAUGGGUGGUCUUCAAGGACAAGAUGUAGGCCCCAGUGGAGGCCCUGGAGGACCUCCACUCCAGCCUGGACAAGGUGGAUCAGGGCCAGGGCAACAACCGCAGAGUGGUGCAGGUGGUGGCCCCCCAAUGCCACAGACGUCCCAAGCCAUGCUUGCCCAAAAUAUCCAGCAGAGGCUCCUGCAGCAGCAGCAACAGCAGCACCUUGGAGGGGGUUCUCCAGCCCACCAUAGCAGUCCUAUGAGUCCCCAGCAGCAGAUGGCCCAGUCGCCCCAUCACCACCUACAGGGACAAGGAGGACUCGGUCCAGCUGGAUCGCUCAGCAGUCAGGUCCGGUCCCCUCAGCCCUCACCAAGGCCACAGUCGCAGCCUCCACGCUCCAGCCCGUCCCCGCGCAUGCAGCCUUCCUCCCAACCUCAGCCCUCACCUCACCGCAUCUCCCCUCAAACCCAGAGUGGGUCGCCCCACCCAGGGCAUCUCAGUCAACAUUACUCCAACAUGGCACCACCCCAACCUCCACAACCCCAGCAACAGCAGCCAGGUAGUUCUGUAGAUCCUAGUCAGUACAAUUCGGACCAGAACUCUAUUAUGUCUCAGCUGAGUGGGAUGACGGGGAUGCACGGUGGACAAGGGGGGCAGUCAGACAUGUUGGGUGGGAACAACAACAGCGGCGGCAACAACAACAACAACAACAACAACCAGGAGCUGGGAACGAACAUUAACCACAACCUGAUGUAGCCUUGACUCUGUACUGUCUCUCUCCGUCGUGAUGCUCUGAUCUGUUGCCCCAAAUGACAAACUGCCAUGAAAGGAGAGCGGGGCAGCUUUGGGGUUUUAGAAGUUUUUAUUUUUUAUUUAAAUAUUUUUCUGAUGUAUAAAUAUGAACUGAAAGCUUCCUUCCUAUGGGAGAUGCAACAUCAAUCUUAGAAGUCAAUAAUUGAAUAAAUUAAAACAAUGGUAAGUUAUUGCUGUUAAUAAAUAUCUAUAUAUUUUUGCCAAUUGUGUACAAAAAGGUGGAAGGUCAGUGUUUCAGGUUGAAGAUAUUACUUCUUUAAGUAUAUGACAAUAUUUUUGGGGACUGAGAAUUUUUGCCUUUUUAUGAAUAUUUUUAAGAUUUCAAAUGUUGCUAAAAAUGAGAGUUGACAUGAUGUACUUUUUUUUUUUUUUUUUUUUUAUUAUUAUUCUUUUAUUUUUUCUCCUCAAAUACCCAUCAUGAUUGUAUCUAUUUUGCAGAGUACGUUUAUUUUAUUUCUAUAUUAUUAUUAUAAUUAUUAUUAUUUCGUUCCCUCGGCAAUUCGUUAAUCAGGCAUCAACAUAUCUUCCGUUACCCGACCCUUCUUCUGGACACACAAACGUAGAUUUUUCCAGUGACUGCAGCGAUUCAGAAGUAUAUUUAUUGGGUUUGUAGGUGGUUAGGAAGGUGUGUUCAAUGCAGUUUGAUUUAUUUUUUUUUUACAUUUUUUUGACAGCUAUCCCAGGUUUGUCUUCGUCAGGGUUUCUAUAAUUUGAAUUAAACCUUAAGAUCUUUUGUUUUUUUUCCUUAUGGGGCCGCCUCUUCGCACUUCUCCUGUGAAUGUGCACACUUUCUUCAUCUUAACUUCUCCUGCUCCACAACCUGCAUUCUAUAUAACUGUAUUAUAGCUGUUGAAGCUCGCUGAUGAUUUAAAAAAAAAAAGAAAAAAAAGGAAAAAAAAAAAAGAGGUUGUGUGUACAUAUAUUACAGCUGCAUUUAUGAACAGUAACCUGGAGAAGAGGUCGCUAAAAUCCCGCCUUUAUCCCGAACCUCAACGGUUUUCCUUAUAUCCUUAUCCUCCCCCCAUCCCACACCCUCAUGACUGCCUCUCAGCCACAAGGUUUAAUUCACUGUUAGUACUGUACAAAUUAAGAAAUGAUGGACUUGGAUACUGUUUUUGUUUGUUUGUUUGUUUGUUUUUUCUUUUGUAAUGAAAGUGAAAGAUGUAAAAUAAGUGUACAUACUUUAAAAUCUUAUGAGCAGAGACAUUUUCUGCCAUUGUUUCCUCUUGUUUGAUUGAAUAUUUGCUUGUAUGUGUUUGGAAAAAAAAAGUGCUCCUGAGCUACUGUACAGUAUUGUUUUGUUUCGUUUUCUAUAAUGUACAGUAUGGGGUGUAGUCGGUCACAAGCACCAAUGCGCCUUUUUCUGUGUAAGGUUUUAGGGAGGCUAUAGCAACCGAGUCACACACCUAAACAAUCUCAGCAGUUAAGACAGGAAACCUGUACGACGAUGAGCCGAAGCUGGGGUCGGUUAGAGGUGUGACUUAAGAGUUCAAAUUUGGUCAUUUAGCUUUUUAUGGAGAGGACUGAAGACACAAUAUUCACAUGCUCACUAUUUUUCUUAAAGGUCGGGCUUGCUGGGUAUGGGGAAGGGAACGCAUCAGAAACCAGGUGGCAAUAUAUCUUGAGACUUAUUUUAUAAGAAAAAAAACAAGGAAAAACUGUCUUUUAUAAAUAGAUAUAUUAUUUAAUUUUAUUUUUUGGAAAUAAAACUUGAAGCUACAGGAAUUAAUAGAUAAAACAUGCUUUGUUUUUGUAUUAAAGAUGUUAUGGUGAUGCAAAAAGACACUGCAGACAGUCUUUCAGUUCGCCUGGGGAGGCCUUGGAGUAUAUUAUACCAUCCUUUUUUUCUUUUCUUUUUUUUUGGUUUUGAAGAAAUGUUUCAUGUACAUGAAUAUAGUUGUAAACAUACUGAAUCACUGUACAAACUGAUGGCAACUGAACAAAUAGUUUUGUUUUUAUCAUUUCUUUUUCCUAAAGAGACUGGAAGUAAGACUAUUUAAAUAUUUGUUUAGUAUUCAAAUGGAAUCUUUGACCACUCUCUUCUCUUCUCUUCUCUUUUCUUUUCUUUUUUGUUCUUGUUAACAGUUUUGGUGCUUGCUGAGAGAAAGCAAAAAUAACUGUUGCUCCAUUUUCAUUAGUUUCUUUUAAGUUAUUUCGGUGGUCUGAUUGUUUUUGUUUUUGCCAAUAAAUUAAUUGUACAAUAAAGUAUGUUUGUACCAUUGGAAAAAA